UCCUUCACCGCGAGGGAAGCCUGUUCACCACCUGCCGAUCCCCUCCCGCGUCUCUUCCGUCGCCGCGGCAUGACGGGAGGGCCGAGGCGGGGAGUUAUGGGGCUGAACCGGGGAGUCCUCUGCAGGCGCUGCUGGUGCUGGCAGCUGCGGGGGCUCCCCGCCCUCCAGAGAGGUUCAGCCGCCCAGCGCGAAGGGGUCGGGCACCUCUUGCCGCUCUCUGGCCGAUACCAGUUUCGACCGCUGCCCCCCGCGCGCUUUUAUAGCAGCGGCAACGGCGACUCCAAGACGGAGGAGCGAGCGGUCUUCUUGGGGUUCCCCAACCCCUUGAGAUGGCUUCGCACUCGCCUCUACUUCUUCCUCAUCCGCACCUACUUCGACCGCGACUUCAGCGUCCAGGAGUUCAUGCAAGGGGCGAAGCACGCCUUUACUGUUGUUUCAAGGCUACUUUCUCAGUGUAAAUAUGAUGUAUUGGAAGAACUUGUAUCAAAAGAGAUGAUUCAGGUGUUAAGAGAGAAGCUCUCUUCAUUGUCUGAAAACCACAGAAAAGCCCUGGCUGCGGAGAUGGAUGAAAUUAUGUUCACAGCAACAGGAGAUGUAGGCAUUUACUAUGAUGACAGUGGCAGGAAGUUUGUUAGUAUCCUGAUGUCGUUCUGGUAUCUGAGCAGUGCUGACAUCCCUGAUAAGACUCCAGAAGGAGCCAAAGUAUUCCAGAUUGCGCUUAGAGGUGAAAGCACACCAAAAAGAAGACAUCUUUUAUUAGCAAACUAUGAGUUUCGAAGAGAAUUCACACAGGGUGUGAAGCCAGACUGGAUGAUUACAUGGAUUGAACAUCCAAACCUGUUGGAAUAAGUUCCUUGAACAAAGACUUUCAUGUACUAGUAAUAUUUUGGCAUAUCAAGAAACAUCUCAAGAUUUAUAUGCCGCAAUACAUAGUGGACUAAUUUUGUGGGUUUUAUCUGAAUAUCAUCUUGCUCUGAACAAUAUAAAUAAUGUCUUUCCUAUCAGAGUUGAAAGCACAGUUUGGACCAAUGUAUAAUGGGGAACAUUAGGUUGGUAUGAGAAACAUCUUGAUGUGCUCUGGUAGAAGAUAAUUCAUAGUUCAUAAUUGAACAUUACAUCUUUUUUCUUCAACCAUCUUCAGAAAGUGAAAUGGGUGGUCUCAAAAAAAUAAAAAAGAGAAAGAACUGACCUUCCAAAUACCAGAUUUUAUCCGACUCCAUUGAUACACAGUACUUAAGAUCAAGUACACUAGAAUGCAUAAUUUACUUUUCAAUGGACAUAUUAUCUGGAUCAUUCAACAAUGAAAGUAAAGAUGUUUCAAUAGACUUCGUAUUUAUACCAGAA